AGAAAGAAUAUGCUGAGCGAUAAGAUGGAAGCUUCAGGUGCGUAUGACGAGGUUGAGGACGUGAAAAUCUUUGGCGGAGAUUCAGGUAGCGCGGAAACUACUGAUGGUAGUGUAACUAAAGAUCUCAAACAGAUGCAAAUUAAUGACACCGACAAAGCUAUUGUGAGCGAGAAUAGUGGUGAGAAAGUAUGUCAGAAUGAGAAGAGCAACGCUGAAACUUACUAUAUCGCGUCUGCAUCGCUAGCUAGUGUACCUCAGUCAAGUACAGGCACAACUAAAACUGAGCAGAACAGAAAGGCAUCUACGUUACACGCGGUUAAAUCCACACAGGUGAACUCGGUUGACGAUCCUUUAGCGAUGCUGCGUGCGAGUGUGGGUGCGAGUGGUACUACAGUAGAUAUUUCCAGGGAUAUAAGUGACACAAUAGAACCCUCUCUACCAAGCAUCUCACCUGAAUCAUCCUCUAAGCGCAAAAAUAGGCAUGCAAUCAACGCUGAUAAGCAAACCAGCACACAUACGAGACCUUCUAGUAUUCAUAAACCUACAUCCGUGGUGAGACCUCGACAGACGAAGUGGGCUAGAGACCCUACUGUGGCCAAACCAGCACAAAGCUACACCUCAGAAAGUGCGUAUGAUAACGAGCGUAUGAACGGUGCUGGUGAUGAUGAUUCUGUCAUGCCUACACAUUCGAAGGAUUCGUCACGCCUCUCGUCUGACUACGGGAAUGAAAAGGAUGCUAGCUCUGACAGUACAAGUAGUAAACAACAGCGAAGUGAUAGGUACAACAACGGAAACGGACUAACAUUCAGCACGGAUAGUGACACGGAAUCCGUAGAGAGACGGAAAAGCAUCCGAUCGAAUGUAGAUACUCUCACCCGUAAGAAGGCCAAGUACAGUAUUACCAUCCCGGAAUGGAAGCGGUUUGAAAACGGGACAAGUGGCUCGAUGUUAGCAUACUUACCGAUGACGUCCGAUGUGAUCCUGUACCGAGUGCGGGUAGUAGUUAAGCGCAACGCGGCCAGAACAAGCUCCAAUACGACUACAUCUAGCACGAGUAAGAGUUCCGAGAGCAGUCAGACACCCAAGAAGCCGAAGGUGGUGAUCCUGUACCGUUCUUUCUCGGAUUUCCAAGCGUUGCAUGCAGCGAUCAAGGAGCAUUAUCUUACUUUCUGCCCCCAACAACAGCACACCAUCCCCAUACCUCCACAGAAGGAGUGGCUCUGGAAAGACCACUCUAAUCCUGGUUUUCUCGAGAAUAGACGAGUGUUGUUGGAGCAGUGGUUGAACUCUGUGUGUCUGUUGGAAUAUGCCGAAGAUUGUCCCAAAUUCAAGACUUUCAUGAUGCCCAGCAAGGCCUGAAGUGUAGCAUCCGUCAGAUUUCACACACUAAGUAUACAAAAGUGCACUGAAUAUAAAGUAUGUAUAUGAAAGGCUUUUCGAACUCUUCACGUUUUGGAGGCUAGUCGAGUUUGUUAGUUUUUAAAAUCCUUUCCAGACUUGUCACAACUAAAGAACCUUAGGCUACCCAGGAUGGUCUCGGCUUAUAUUAAAACUUGCAUCUGUGAGCG